CAGAACAGCAAAUCCCAUGAGUGGACAUGAACGUGGCUCAAAGUGUUAGCGACGCCGUUUUGAAGCACUUCACGCAAUCAACCUCGCCCAAGCACGGUUGUGGGACUUGAAAUCCAGAAGCAGCGUCGUGGGUUACUAUGUAUCUUUACAAUCUGACCCUGAGUCGCGCCUCUGGAAUCCAGUGCGCUAUAUAUGGAAAUUUCUCGGCUCCAAAGGCUCAGGAAAUCGUGGUGUCUCGCGGCAAAACAUUGGAGCUGCUGCGCCCCGAUGACACGGGAAGAGUGCAGACUAUUUUCACAACAGAGGUGUUUGGCUGCAUACGAUCUCUGGCACCAUUCCGCCUCACGGGAGCCUCCAGGGACUACGUCAUUGUGGGAUCAGACUCGGGGAGGAUUGUGAUUCUGGAGUACAUCAAGGAGCAGAACUACUUCAGGAAGAUCCAUCAGGAGACAUAUGGCAAGUCUGGAUGCCGGCGCAUAGUGCCAGGACAGUACCUGGCGGUCGAUCCCAAGGGGCGUGCCUGCCUGAUAGGGGCCAUGGAGAAGCAGAAGCUGGUCUAUGUGCUCAAUCGCGAUCAGGCAGCCAAUCUGACCAUCUCAUCGCCACUGGAGGCCCACAAGUCGCACAACAUUGUGUUCUCUGUCAUCGGCUUGGACAUGGGCUUCGACAACCCGGUAUUUGCAGCGAUAGAGCUGGACUAUGCAGAUGCGGAUCAGGAUCCCACUGGUGAGGCAGCGGGGAAUGCUCAGAAGCAGCUGACGCUGUAUGAGCUGGACUUGGGUCUGAACCACGUGACCAGAAAGUGGAGCCAGGAGGUGGACAAUGGCGCAAACCUGCUUGUCCCAGUGCCGGGCGGUGCUGAUGGCCCUGGCGGUGUGCUUGUGUGCGCCGAGAACUUCAUCAUCUACAGUAAUCAGGAUCAUGCGGAUGUGCGGGCGGUCAUUCCCCGGCGCACAUCACUGUUGAUUGACAGGGGCGUCCUCAUUGUGUCCUAUGCGAUGCAUAAGCAGAAGUCCCUGUUCUUCUUCCUUGUGCAGAGCGAGUAUGGCGAUCUGUACAAGGUCACCCUGGCAUACUCGGGCGACACGGUGACCGAGCUCAAGAUCAAGUACUUUGACACCAUCCCGCCCUGCAUCAGCAUCUGCGUCCUCAAGACAGGAUUCCUCUUUGCAGCGUCAGAGUUUGGCAACCACGCCCUCUACCAGUUCUUGAGCAUAGGCGAUGACGAUGAUGCGGUGGAGGCAAGCUCGGCAGAGCUGACAGAGACUCAGGAGGGCUUCCAGCCCGUGUUCUUCGACCCUCGUCCCCUGCGCAACCUGCGGCUUGUGGACGAGGUGGAAAGCCUGAGUCCCAUCAUGGAUUUCAAGGUGGCCAAUCUGCUGAAGGAAGAGAUUCCGCAGCUGUAUGCCAUGUGCGGCCGUGGUGCACGGUCCACUCUGCGCGUGUUGCGGCCAGGCUUGGCGGCCACGGAGAUUGCAGUGUCCCCCCUGCCCGGGAACCCCACUGCUGUGUGGACCCUGAAGCGCAGCGUCAACGACCCCUUUGAUGCCUACAUCAUCGUUUCUUUCACAAACGCCACUCUGGUGCUGUCAAUUGGAGAGACUGUGGUGGAGGUCAAUGACAGCGGCUUCCUGGGGACCGUGCCUACGCUUCGCACACAGCUGCUCACGGAUGACAGCAUGCUGCAGGUGCAUCCGAGCGGCUUGCGGCACAUCCGAGCGGAUCGUCGUGUGAAUGAGUGGCGGGCUCCAGGGCGGCGGACCAUUGUCAAGGCAGCCACGAAUGAGCAGCAGGUUGUGAUUGCACUGAGCGGCGGCGAGCUCAUCUACUUUGAGCUGAGCCCAACUGGGCAGCUGAUGGAGGUGGAGAAGAAGGAGAUGGCCGGGGACGUGGUCUGCCUAGACAUUGCGCCCGUGCCAGAGGGCCGCCAGCGCUCACGUUUCCUUGCCGUGGCUUCCUAUGACUCCUCGGUGCGCAUAUUGAGCCUGGAUCCCGAGGACAUGAUGAGCGCGCUGGCGGUGCAAAUGGUGAGCGCCGUGCCGGAGUCCCUCCUCUUCAUUGACUCGCCCGCGGCCGACAUUGCAGGGAAGGGAGAGGAUGCUAGUGGCGCUGGGGGCCUCUUCUUGAACAUCGGGCUGCUGAAUGGUGUGCUGUUGAGGACGGAGGUGGACAAGGUGACGGGGCAGCUCAGCGACACGCGCACGCGCUUCUUAGGCACCCGGCCGCCCAAGCUCUUUGCAGUGUCUGUGCGCGGCAAGCGCUCCAUGCUCGCGCUGUCCUCCAGGCCCUGGCUGGGGUACUCGGACAUGGGCAGGUAUACGCUGGCGCCGUUGUCAUAUGAGGCGCUGGACUAUGCAUCCGGCUUUGCCUCAGAUCAGUGCCCCGAGGGCUUCUGUGCUGUGUCCAAGAGCAUGCUGCGCAUCCUCACACUGGAGCGCCUCGGGGAGGCCUUCAAUCAGCAGGUGACCCGGCUGCGAUACACGCCGCGCAAGUUUGUGGUGCACCCGGAGUCCAACAUGCUCAUUGUGGCGGAGGCGGACCAUGCGGCGGUGCCCCUGGCUGAGCGCAGGGCCGUGGAGGACGGCAUGGAGAUGGACGCCGCCCUCACGGAAGGCAUAGAGUUUGACGAGGAGAGGGCGGCGGAGGAGGAGCAGCAUGGUGCGCCCAAGAACUCGACUGGCAGAUGGGCCUCAUGCAUCAGGGUGCUCGACCCCACAUCCCUGCAGACCUCCAGUGUGCUGGAGUUGGAUGGCAACGAGGCUGCCGUGAGCCUCUGCCUGCUGCGCUUCUCAAACUGGCCGGAGGAAGGCAUGGUGCUUGCCGUUGGCACAGUGCAAGGCCUGGCAUUCUACCCACGCACUGCAGACGAGGGCUACAUCAGGUUGUACCGCUUCAGGGACAGCGGGCGGCAGCUGGAGCUCAUACACAAGACGCCCACGGGGGGCAUCCCGGGCGCGCUGGCCGCAUUCAAGGGGCGGCUGCUGGCCGGCGUGGGGCCCACGCUGCGCAUCUAUGAGGCUGGCAAGAAGAAGCUUCUGCGCAAGUGUGAGCACCGCAAGCUGCCCACGCACAUCGCCACGCUGGCCACCAGCGGAGACCGCAUCUUUGUGGGCGACUUGCAGGAGUCCAUGCACUACUUCCGGUACAAGGCGAAUGAGAACGCCCUGUACGAGUACGCGGAUGACAUAGCGCCCAGGCAUCUGACGGCCGCGUUGCCCCUGGACUACGACACAGUUGCCGGCGCAGACAAGUUCUGCAACAUCUUCGUCACCCGCCUGCCCCGGGAUGUCUCCACUCAGGUGGAGGAGGACCCCACAGGAGGCAAGUUUGCGGGCGCGGCUGGCCUCCUGAACGGCGCACCCCACAAGCUGGAGGAUGUUGUCAACUUCCACGUGGGCGAUCUGGUCACCUCCCUGCAGCGGGCUGUGCUGCAGCCGGGUGGCAGAGAAGUGCUGCUAUAUGCGACGGUCAUGGGCGCAAUAGGUGCAAUGCUACCCUUUCCUUCCAGGGAGGAUGUGGAUUUCUUCAGCCAUUUGGAGAUGCACCUGCGGCAGGAACACCCUCCCAUGGGUGGACGUGACCACAUGAGCUACCGUGGCUCCUACUUCCCAGUGAAGGAUGUCAUUGACGGAGACCUGUGCGAACAUUUCUCGCAGCUACCAGCAGCCAAGCAGAAGAGCAUUGCUGACGAAUUGGAGAGAACGCCCGGAGAAAUCCUCAAGAAGCUGGAGGACAUCAGGAAUCAAGUGUACUAGGAAUGCACAACAAAGGACAUGUCAUAAAGCUGCUGGCGCAGGAUGCUUGUUGGUCUGUUUUUGCACAUGCAUCAGCUGUUUGCAAUGCAAGAUGAGCGAUAUUGAGUGUGACAAAAUCUGUAAACAUCAUCAAAUU